AUAAAAACUAAAUAUUUUCCUCUAUCAUCGGAACACAAACUGAGCUUGGUUUCGUUACAUUAUUAAAUUACUUACCAUUUUUCUGGUUCUGACUUGGUCGCAGCAUUACGCGAGUGUCUUUCUCUCCUACAGUUUUGGUCCUAAUCCUAUAAGUAUCCUUUGCUUCUUUUUCUUCUAUCCAUUCUCUUCUCCACACACUUCACAACUUCUCUUCUCCUGAAUCUGCAUCUUCUUUCUCCUAUAUGAACUUGAAGAAAAUGGAAGUUACAGGUGGCUAAGUCUUGGCAACUUCUAUGGCCUACUCUGGUAUCCGGGCAAUGUGUGAGGGAGGAUACAACUUAGGCAGUUUAAGAAACAAUUGGCAGAAAACCAGUAAGAAGAAUCACUGUGGGAGCAGAACAACUGUUAUGGAAUUUGAAUCAGACUGGACAAAGCAUAGAAAAUCAUCUGCUCAUACUGCUCAAGUGAUCCGUUCUGCAACAUCGUUCAUGCCUUGGUCUAGUAGAAUCCCAAUUGGUGAAGGAUUUUAUGAAUUUCUGUAGUUAUAUGCUUCUCAACAAAAGUUCUUUACAUCCUCAUAAUUGUUGGUUUAAAAAAUGCCUGGUUUUACUGUUGGAAAGAAGAGAUUUAUCCAGCCAAAUAUGUGUUUCACCAAUUUGAUCCAUCAAGAUAAAUCAACUCUUUCACAAAGCAAUCAUUGUUUAUUCCCUGAGGCACUGAAUAAAGAUUAUAGCCCCAUUCUACCUGGGCUGCCUGAUGAUGUGGCUGAGUAUUGUCUUGCACUUGUGCCUCGUUCCAACUUCCCUGCUAUGGGUGUUGUGUGUAAAGGAUGGAGGUCGUUUAUUCAAAGCAAAGAAUUCACUACUGUGCGAAAAUUGGCUGGGAUGCUAGAGGAAUGGCUCUAUUUCUUAACAACAGACUGUGAAGGAAAGGAAAGUCAUUGGGAGGUUAUGGAUUGUCUCGGUCAUAAAUGCGGAUCUCUUCCACCAAUGCCUGGUCCAGGAAAGGCUGGGUUCCAAGUGGUGGUUCUUAAUGGAAAGCUUCUUGUCAUGGCUGGUUAUUCUGUUAUUGAAGGAACUGCCUUUGCCUCAGCAGAGGUUUACCAAUAUGAUUCUUGCCUCAACAGCUGGAGCAGAUUGUCAGACAUGAUUGUGGCUCGUUAUGACUUCGCUUGUGCUGAAGUCGAUGGCUUGGUUUAUGCUGUGGGAGGCUAUGGGGUGAAUGGUGACAGUCUCUCCAGUGCUGAGGUGUAUGAUCCAGAUACUGACACGUGGACACUGAUAGAGAGCCUUCGCCGCCCGAGAUGGGGUUGUUUUGCUUGUGGAUUUGAGGGUAAGCUCUAUGUGAUGGGUGGAAGGUCAAGCUUUACUAUUGGAAACUCCAAGUUUGUUGAUAUAUAUAACCCUGAGAGACACAGCUGGUGUGAGAUUAAGAAUGGCUGUGUUAUGGUCACAGCUCAUGCAGUAUUAGGAAAGAAGUUGUUCUGCAUAGAGUGGAAGAACCAGCGGAAGCUAGCUAUAUUCAGUCCAGAGGACAAUUCAUGGAAAAUGGUACCAGUUCCGUUGACAGGAAGCUCAAGCAUUGAUUUUCGAAUUGGGAUACUAGAUGAAAAGUUGUUGCUAUUCCCUCUGGAAGCUGAAACUGCUUUUCAAACAUUGCUGUAUGAUCCAAAUGCAACUCUGGGGUCAGAGUGGCAAACUUGUGACAUAAGGCCAUCUGGUUUGUGCUUGUGUUGUGUAACAAUCAAGGCAUGAAACCUUGUCUUAUCUGGCUCUAUGGAGUGAUGGAUACAUCUAUGGAAUUCUCUGCAUUUUAUCAAGAAUGAAGACAGCAGUGAGUGUGAGUGUUCCUCACGAUCACAUCAUACUAUUAUCUGAUUUUAAUUUUGUGUUUUAGCUUGUUUGUGGCUGUUAGUUACUUGGCUCCUAGUGUUAUGAGGGACUAAUUCCCUUGGUCUUGUGAUUGUCUACUUUUGAGUAGCACUAUUUCAAACCGUGGUGGGUGAGUUAAUUGUUUAUUGUUCUCUUUUGGGCUUUUUGAUAUAAUAUAAAUCAAGCGAUAGCUUUAGAAUUUUAAA